GGCCGUACCGGGGCCGUACCGAGGCGGUUCCGGGGCGGUGCCGUGCUCGGGCCGGUCGCGCCAUGGCCGCCGCUGCGGGGCUGGCGCUGCUGGCGGCGCUGCUGGCGGCGGCCGGGGCCGAGCGGGGCCGGAAGGUGUCCAUGGAGUACAACCCUGGCUGGAACAGCUCCUCUGUGAACCUGCUGCACGUGCGGGCACUGGGGCCCGGGGACAGCCUGCACUACGUGUGGAGCAGCAUCGGGGCCCCUUCCGUGCUCCUGGUGGCCACCCAGAGCCCCAGCAGUACCCUGAGGGUCAACUGGACCCAGCUGCUGUCACCCAGUCCUGCUGGAGCCAUCUGGAUCGACCCUCCCGACAGCGUGGUCUAUUCCACAGCCGUGGUCUUCACCAAGCUGUUCGAGUUCAGCGAGGCCAAACCUUUGGGAGAGCUCUUCUACCCCACCUACGACCUGUCUGAGUUCUCCUGGGACAGCCUCAACCACACCCUGAACCACACGGCGCUGACGGCCGAGCUCAGGGGGGUCCCGGCCACCGACCCUGGUGGUGGCUUCGCCAAUGGCAGCCUGGCAUUCCGGGUGACAGCCUACGAAGCCGGUGGCCGUGCCAGGCGCCUGCCCAGCCUCCUGCACACGGCAGACAGCUCCCAGCUGGAGUUCAUCCUGGCUGGGGUGGCCCCACGAGGGAACGGCUCCCGCUUUGUGCUGGAGGUGGCCACGGUGGAGGAGGCGGGGGCGGCGCGGAGGCUGCGGGCCGAGAGAUCCAUCGACGACGAGUACACCCCCAGCAUCUUCCAGGUGCUGUCCCUGGUAGCUGAGUCCCAGAACAGCAGCUCCACGCUGGGCUUCCUGCAGUGGAAGGCGACGGCCUACGGCUCGCGGAGCCCCCGGCGUGAGGACGGCAUCCAGUGCAGGGCUCAGGGGCUGCAGGUGGCCAACUGGACCCUGCCCGUGUCCAGCGUCGUCCAGGCCUACUUUGGGGACAGUUUGGGCAGCGGCUGCACCAUCAGCGCCCUCAAUGUGUCCUUUGGGGGAGAGGAGGGAGAGGUGUACCAGGAGAAGAGAUACCUCAGCUGGUCGGUGCUGCUGGGCUUUGGGGAGCCCCCCAGGGACACCUUCUCCCCCCUGGUGAUCUCCAUCACGGCCGUGGCGCUGGGCACCCCGCUGGCCAUGCUGCUGCUGGGCAGCUGCCUGGUGCUGCUGGCACAGAGGAGACGCUACUCGGAGUACGAGCCCAUCAACUGAGGGGGCCCCGGGAUCCUCCCCUCCCCUUCCCAGCUCCUCCUUCCCGGGAUUCCUGGGAUUCUCUUCCCGGAAUGGCCGUGGCUGCUGCUGCUGCCACCUCCUCUGCCUCCCCUCUGCCCCCCGAGGGGACCAGGGUGACACUUGCAGCUGCCCACCUCACCCCUGUGUCCUGCUCCUUCCCACUGUCACGUCCUGCACUCCCUCCCCGGAUUUUUCCUGAUCCAUGCAGCAAAGGGAAGCGAUGGGGGGAGUUUGGUCAGGAAAAUCCUCCUCCUCCUCCUCCUUCUCCUCCUCCUCCUCCCAAGGGAUACAACCACUGCUGGCCAGGGACUGGCUCCAGUGCCACUUCCAGGGGUGGCUCCAGCCUGGGCUGGGGAGCAGCGUCACUCCUGCUCCCAGCACAUCCCAGCUCCUCCCUGCUCCACGUUCCUGCUGUGCUGGCCUGGGACACAGGGGACACCCAGUGCCACGUCCCAGCAGCUGCUCAAGCUCAGGUGUGUCCUGUCGGGCCAUGGAGGGCUGGUCCAGCCGGGAUGGUGCUCCUGGGUACCCCCCAGGGCUGAUCCCAGGUGCUGCCCAGCUGGGAUGAGCGUGGCCUGUGGCUCCUCGGGGUUCUCAGAGGGAUCUGGGGCCGUGCUGGCUCUGAGUUCUCCAUCACUGACUUGUCUUCAACCAAAUAAAGUGUAUUUCUAGA